UUUUUGUCAUCUGAUGAUUUACUAUCGUCUUGAUCAGUUCGUUCAGCUUCAUAACCCGAAACACCUGUUUGAAGAUCACUUGUGGUUGGUUCCGAUAUUUGUUGUGGUUCACUUUCUGUUAUUAUCUCAGUGACUGUUUCUAUAAUUUCUUCAGGUUUGACUUCAUCUGUUUCUUGUAUCUUCUCAAUGAUUUUUUCAAUGAUUUCUUUAGGUUCGACUUCAGAUAUUCGUUGAGGUUCAAUUUCUUUUGUUAUCGUUUUAACAAUCGUAAUUGUCGCUAUUUGUGGUG